AUGCCACCCUUCGCAUCCUCAAUUGCGAGCGCACCGCUGCAGAUCAACACCUACCCGCCUCUAACCAACGACGCAGAAUUUGACUCACCCACCGACUCGCUCGCCAGUCUUCACCUAAGGCCAAGCGAAACAGCAGACACCCUCCAACAAAUCCUCCCCAAACCAAGCAAAUCUCUCCAACUCCCACGACCCGACUACAACCAGCGCUCGACCACCGAUCCCUCCCCCUCGCCCUCAAACCUUCUCCAGAGUUACUUUGCGAACAUGGCGUCAGCGCCGCAGCGUCCGAGCAGCAGUAACCGCACCCGUUCACCGUAUAGUCGCAGUCACCUGCGCAGUCGAAGCAGUGGUUCCGCACUCAUGACAACGACAUCGGGAGCCUCUUCCAGCGGAUCGCUGAGUCCCAUGUCCGGAGGCCCACACAGCCCCAUGCGCUCACCAGCAUGCACCCGCUCGCCACUGCAGCAGGAAGAUAGCGUCUGGGCGCCUCCACCACCGCGCUCACCCGCUUUCGCCAGCACGGCAGGAGCGAUAGAGAGCAUAGACGAAGAUAGCGAGCUCGACACGAGCCCAACCCGCGACACCCUCGGCCCUCUCCCCGGAACACCCUCCAGCAUGUCCUCCUUCAACUUCUCCAUCAGCCGGAGCGGAAGUCUCCGCCGCCGACCCGCAAGCCCUUUGCACAGCACCACACCACCUACCUCCAACCCCUCCCACGAAUCCUCCGCCGUGUCCAGCGGCGCCAACUCCCCCUCCCUCGGCCCGCAGAAGAAUUUCAACGAGGCGUACCCGACCCUCCACCACUACGCCAGCAGUUCGAGUUUCAGCUCCUUGCACAGCGCACCCAGCACACCCACCUCCGCCCGCUCUCGCUCCCCGUCCAUCUCCUCCCUCGAGACGAUAGAAGAUGCUCCGGAUGCCGAGUCCGAGGCUUUUGAGGCCGAGAGGAUCCAGACGUUGAAGUUGGCUGCGGAACGGCAGGAGAGAUUGGAGAGGGGCGAGGAUGUCGAUGGUGGGGAGGAGGGCGUGACGAGAAGGCGAGGCAGUUUCGAGAGUGGUGGUGGGGGCAAGGGAUUUGGGUUUGGGAGGGUGGGGAGGGAGAGGAAGAGGUGGUCUGUUUGUGGUGGGGAACGACGGGGGGAUUUACUUGAUUUGGAGACGAUUUGGGAGGAUUGA